AUGCCUGAUGAGAGAGGAAGGCGAUAUCCCCCGUGGCAUGCAGAUAUGCCGGGCGAGGAAUGCGAUGCUUUUUUCCUGAGAGAGGAGAGGGAAAGGGAGCGAGUAAUGGGCAAGGAGAAGCGUUACUACCUUGAUACAGUCGCGACUCAUCCAGAUUACCAAAGACGAGGGGCAGGCUCGAUGCUGCUGCAAUGGGGCUGCGAUUUUGCGAACCAGGAUAAGGUUUCUGCCUAUGCCGAUGCCACCAAGGACGCAGCGCGUUUAUAUGAAAGGUUUGGCUUUGUGGAUGAGCCAACCCGACUCGGGUGA